AUGUACGCCGUGCGUGGACGCCGGCGGCCCCUCUUCAGCUCGUCUGACACCGCGUGCGCGCGCUCUUUCUCUUCUCCCCCUACUCCCCCCCUGCACGCCCCCUUCGAAUUGGGCUCUGCUGCUACGGCCGUGGCGUGGCUCUUCGUGCUCCCCGCUGUGGAACACCGUGCUUCGUUUGCGGGAUGCCUCUCGACCCUGCUGGACCUUUCCGACGAACAGUAUACUGCGCUGCACUGGGCUGCAAAGUUUGGAUGCGCGGAGAUUGUUAAACUUGUAGCCGGCUCCUAUGGCCUGAACCCGAACGUCAAAUCGCACGGAGGCUACACGCCACUCCAUCUUGCAUACAUGUUCAACCAGCACCACAUAGCUGAGUUACUGCGUGCCUAUGGUGCAGAUGCCAAUGUCCGUGACAACAGUGGACGCAAACCAUGCCAAUACCUGAAGGGUGGAGUGCCACAGCCUGUCAGAGCUACAGUGGUGUCUGGCUCCAAGAGCGUCCCACAACCUUCUCGGAGCCUUGAAAAAGACUUGGGCUUCAUGCGGAUGGGGUCGUUCAACAGUAGAGUGAAGCGCACUGCAGCAGUUCUCACGAAUCCAUUCGGAGUCCAGAAGCUGAAGCCCUGGGGUUCUGCUGACAGUGUUGCCGAUGGUGCUGCUCCAUGCAUGGCGCCACCGAAAAGCAUGGUGAAGAAAAAGAAGUCAAAGAAAGUUAUAGAUUUUCCCAGCUCAAGCAGCAUGGACUCUGUGAAAUCAAGGCUCAGCAUGACACCAAAAGAGGAAUCUGAUUCUGACAGCGUCUACGGCUUUCCUUCCUGAUUAUCCCUGACCAUUGCGAGACAUUUGAACUUUUCAUUCCUGUAUAGAAAAGAGGGGGGUGGGGGUGUACACAAAUAUUUUAUCUGGUUCAUGUGAUCCAAUGUAGACAGUGUUUUUAUUGCUGUGUGCCAAGGAUGAACCAUGUAGGGUGCAUUGUUGCAUACUGGUGUAUUUUGCCAGAUGCAAGCGUGUAAUUACUCGAAUGGCUUGAGCCUAACUGUAGAUAUUUGACAUUUUGCUACAUGCAGUCACUUAUUGAGAUGAACUGUUGUUAAGCACUAUUUGCUUGCAUGUGUUGUACAUAGUUUAGAAUAUUUUAGGACACCUGUCAUUUUGCUCUCAUAAGCUUAAGAAAUCGUCUAGAGCACCACUUUUGGGGAGAUAGUGGAACUGAGCAGUCUAAGCCCUAUGUGAAGCUUUUAAUUGGCUCAUGUUUCUUUUUUUUUUAACAGUUAAUGUACACAUUUUUGGAGUUGCACUGUCUAGUAAUGAGAAACCAUUCGAACAGUGUGAACAGGGCACACCAUAUUGCUUUAGUUUUUAGCGAUAGCAGAAUGGUGUGUUCGACGUUGCAUAUUAGAUUAGAUGUGUAAACACUGUUUUUAGCUGCCACAGCUUGGAUUAAUGCAAAUGUGUAGUGUUCAAGCUUCUUUUCUUUUUUUGCUUAAAGGGACACUAAAGAGAAGUGCUGAAAAAAUGAGAAAAAAUUAAAUUUCUGUUUUACAGCUCAGUGCAUUUAGUGUGGUGAACCUACAAACACAAAAGCAUAAAUAAAGAUGUAGAUAUAUUUU